GCGACGCACGAUGCACGCAGGCGCGGCGACUGUGGCGUGGUGGCUGGCGGCGCUGGCGCUGGCGGCGGCGCGCGGCGGGCCGGCAGACAGGGAGCAGGCGCUCAGCAGGCUGCAGGAGGUGUUCGGGCUGCCCGGCAGGGACGCCAGGCCGCACGGGCGCCACGAGGCGCCGCCCCAGUUCAUGACGGAGCUGUACGACGCCGUGGCGGGCCCCAGCGGCCUGGCCAGGGGUAGCAGCCCCUACGACGCCGAGGUCGUGCGCAGCUUCAUAGAGAGAGACAACUCGCACGAGCAGUUCUUCUUCUUCAACAUCACCGGGCUGGACCCGGGGGAGCGCGUGCUGGAGGCGGAGCUGCACCUGUUCCGCGUGCGCGCGCCGCCCAAGGAGGCGCACCGGGUCUUCCCGUCGUCCCCGGACUGCCUGCUGCACGUGUACCAAGUGCUGGAUAGCAGCGCGCUCUCGCAGCCCGACCUGCAGCGCCUGCUCAGCGUGCACUACAUCAGCCGGGGCGGCUCCGGCUGGCUGGUCGUGAACGUGAAGCAGGCCGUGCUGGACUGGGUGGGCGGCCGGCGCCCCAACCUCGGCCUGCUCGUCGUCGCCUCCGACGUGUUCGGCCAGCCGGUGGCGCUCAGCGUGGCGCGGCGCGGCCGCCACUACGGCUCCAAGCAGCCCGUCCUGGUCCUCUUCGACGACUACGGCCGGCGACCUCCGGAGACCAGCGCGUCCGGUUCGGGGCCGGGCCCGGCGGACAAGGAGCGAGCCGCGGGGUGGAGGGCGAGGCGGUCCUUGUCCGUCAGCACCGAGGAGAGUCCCCGCGGAGAGUCGCCCCGCGCCCCGGACAACAUCAACUCCAGCGUGCCCGAGUGCUCCAGGUACCCGCUCUACGUCAACUUCUCCGAGAUCGGCUGGGACUCCUGGAUCGUGGCUCCUGAAGGCUACAUGGCGCACCAGUGCAAGGGCCCCUGCGACUUCCCCCUGGGGCAAGGCCAGGCGCCCACCAACCACGCCACGGUGCAGAGCAUCAUGCACGAGCUGAAGGAGGGCGUGGCCAAGCCGUGCUGCGUGCCCACGUCCCUCGCCUCCUUCGCCGUGCUCUACCUGGACGACCAGAUGAACGUGGUGCUCAAGAAGUACGAGGACAUGGUGGCCGAGGGCUGCGGCUGCCAGUAGUGGGGGGAGGUCCCGCUGGGCUCCACGACGCAUCCGCGCACUGCGUCCGCCCAAUCCGCCGGUGAAGUGACGUCCCUUCCGGAUCGGUGGGAUCUGACUCGCGGCCUCAGCGGGGAACCCCCCUGUCUCAACUUUGUCUUCACCGCAAGAGACAUUCGAACAUCGUGCUCUUUGAUCUCUCACCUCGAGGAAAAGCUGUUAUCGCUUAUGUCCCGCUAAACUGUGUGCGAUUACUAAUGUCUGAUCGCGACGCAGGAAACGCUUGCUAACCUUUUGUCGCUCGAACAAAAUCUCCAAAAGCAAAAAUAUUAUCUAAUAGUCACGAUUUUAACUAUUGAUGUAUCACUUGGCGUUCAUAUACUCAAGAAAGUUGUGUGAAUUUGCCUCGACCGUACAAAAUAAUCGGUAACAGGCAAAAAAAGAUGUAUCUACAACACAGUGUUGGAAAGUAGGCAGUGCCUGCUUGUCGACCAUUUCGUAUUUCGUCGUCAGUUCUCAUGCUUACUAAACUCGGGUGGCGCUCAUCUUGGCCUUGGCAUCAUCUUUAUCAUGACAAUGAUCCUUAAUUUUUCUAAGAUGUUUGUUAAAUAUAGCAUUAAACUACAAAAUAAUUUGGCUUCAUGUGAAUGCCAAAAGGCGCCUCAUCUCUAAUGAUGCCCAAACUUAUAUAAUCUUGUUACCUACACUAAAUGCUAGGCUUUAUUAUUUUUCCCUAACCCCGUUCGUAGUUUUUAUUGGUCAUCUUCCUUUAAGGUAUUAUUGGACCCCCAAUAUGUUUAACUCCUAUCAUCUUAUUAUUUUUACAGACACAAUGAAAAAAUGUUGGAGCGUGCAAAAUUACCAUGAAUUUCUCUUUAUCAAAUUAAAGUUCCCAUUAAUGUUCUGUGUGAUGAAUGGUUAAGUUGGUUUAGCAGCUAUAUAUGUACAAGAGGAAAAAUGUAACACUUUUCUUUAAUUACAUAGUCUAUGUGAUAAGAAAUAAUAUUAGCUUUCACAGACCAGUUGAGAAAAUAAUUGAGCUAUAACGAGUUUAAAUUUCGACUUGCGCAUGUGACUUCAAGACAAUACUUGUCAGUUUUAUUAAAGUUUGGUUUAUGACAGUAAACUAAACAAAUCUCUUCUUCUAAUAUUAAUAGCACAAUAUAUUUUUAUUCCCCCAUCUAUUCAUAUAAACCAAAUAUGUUUUUAGAAUGUUUAUAUUGGGUAUAUUUCUGCCUACAGAUAUUUUUUAACACUUAGACCAUAGGAAAAUUUUCACUGUAUAGAUAAAUAUAUGCUGGCGAAUGAUUAAAAUUGAAACUUUGAGAAAGUUAGAAAAAUAUUGCUGAAUUCUUGCAGGUAAUAAAUUUAUCAGUAUAUUUGUGAAAGAUGAGAUUAAAUCAAUCUGUUUUUUAAUAAAAAAUAAAUGUUUACUGCCAUGUACAUUUCAAGGUGUUACACAACUACGCCGGUAUGCGUAAAUGUAUACGUGGAGCUCAAAAAAAUCAAUUAAGAAAUCAUUUAUGGCUAGUUAACAACUUGAUAGCUAAAUAAAUUUAAUGUUUGACAGUCUAGCCACUCACUUGAAGCCUUUGCAUUGUAGAACUUCAGGAAUUAUUUUCGUCAAUGGAGUCAUAUUUCAUUCCCACGUGACACAUUGACAUCGAAAUCCACGAAUGAUUUGUAAUUUCACGUGUGAAUUGCGACAGUAUUUCAGAAUUACGGUUUGUUGUGCUAGUGGUCUUUCAAGGUGGGACGCUUCCUUCAUGAUAUGACCAUGUUUAAGUACUCUUUGGUUCUGAGUAAAAAGGUCAAGAGAACCGAAAACUGGUCAGUGCUCUCCACCUAAUACAAAAAUAAUAAUAAUAAAAUCGUGCUUCAAUAUAUUGUGUGGUCACCUGUCGAUGUUUUGAUAUACGGAGAUGCCCCCGUUGCUGUAGCAAAUUAAUAUUUGACGUAACUUUCUGCUGGUGCCCCUAAUUUUCGUAGCGAUUAGGUUAGGUGAAAUAUAAAAAUAAUGCUUGUUUUAUUUAUAUCUAGAAAUAUUGAUCUCUUGGGGGCAAUGUGCUCCGAUAUCUCAGCAACUAAUCUAAUAGCGAAAAUAUCGGGCUUCUGAUGUACAGCUUGUUAAUUAUAGCAUUUUCCUGGUUAUAAAUACAUGAAGCAAGUUGCUCCGGUGGAAGCUAGUCGACACGAGGAAAAAGAAAUAUGACUGUUGAUUUAUGAUAAUUUGAUGAGGAAUAUUAAACGUGCCAGAGAGAUACAAGACUACGAGUGGAAAUGAAAUUGCCUUCACAACUUCUUAAUAUUCAUCGAUAAACAUCUUGCGUUGCUUCUUAACAGUUAGACUUAAAGCAAGUUAAUUAAGAAAUAAUUUACUGUGAUUUUAUUAAGAUUUAUAGUAGCGCAUGUGCAUGGUUUGGUUUUGUGCAAAAGUGUUAAAAGAGGGAUUUUUUUUCUUUAUGGCAGUAUUCCAAGAGCUUUGUAAUAACGUUGUAAAGAAAAGCAUUUGAUCAAUUACAAAUGUCCUUAGCCAAAUAAGUAAUAGAAAAAUGUCCAGUGUUUUGACUAAGUGUACACGCAAUCGCAAUUCAAUUGUUAUAUUCCAUACUUUAUUAAAAAUACAACCCUCUGAGAAAUAAUUAUAUUUUUAUAUAAUACAUGUAAUGCAUUUUAUUUAUUGCCACCAUGCCCUUUCUGUCUAAAUACAUUCAAUUGUCAUUCGUUAAGAUUCUUAUGUAAUGAAAACAAUGACUCCGCUUAUUUUUUACGUAAAGAAUCAUCUCACGACGAUUUUUGGUAGAUUUCAAAGAAUCAUGUACACAUAAUAGCAAGGUGAUUCUUCUGAAAUAUAUGCAACCAACCUUACUCCAGGCGUGCUAGACAAAGCUGUCUUGUUUAGGAUCAAAAUAAUAUUCACUAGUUGGGAAAGAGCGUGUGUAAUAACAUUCAACUACCAAUACUAAAAUAAAAAAUACAAAACUAAUACAACAAUAGCAUGAAUUACAUAAAACUACAUAUUAUUUUGUGUAGAAAUACAUAUAUGUACCUACAAUUAAUAAAAUUCAGGUAAUUAUCGGAUUAAUGCACAUGUUUCUAAAAUGUUAAAAAUUUAUUAAACCUGUUUAUUUAAAUUAUUUAUGUUAAAAUUUAUUAGUUAAUUUUAAAAUAUAAUGUUCAUGACAAUAUUGGUUUUGAUUUGUAUCAAUCAGAGAGAGAAAAAAUAAAAACUAUGGCGUCACGCA